GUCCCUCUCGCCCGCGGCGCGCCCGGGCGCGGGGGGCGCUGCUGCUCGGGGCGGCCUUCGUGACGGAGCACGUCGAGGCCCGGGACUCGGCCCACUUCGCCGAGCCGCUGCGGGCCGGGCCCCUGCUGCGCGCCGAGGGCCCGCCCCUGCCCGCGCCGGGGGGCGGGGCGCUGCUGGCGGCCCUGGCCGCCGAGGUGGCCGGCCUGGAGAGCGAGUUGCGGGCGGACGGGGACGCCGAGAGCAGCAUCGGAGGGCGCCAGCUGCAUCCAACCCUGAGUUUCUGGCGUCUCAUUUUUUGUUUCGAGCAGGGCGGUUUCUGUCCUGUUUCGGGUCCCGGGACUCACGUAUCGAUCCGGAUUGACAAUGACGCAG